AUGAACAAUAAUAACAAAAAUAAAUAAGCCAAGUUAUCGUGUUGUUAAAACUUUCUCCAGAAAAUUAACUGUUGCUUUGGCAAAAAAUAAAAAUAAUAAACCCAACCUCUCAUCACAAAUGAGAAAUAUCAAUCGCCCUUUGCUUUCCACGGCCUCCAAAAUUCUUUGUCUCCAGCCAAGGUAACCUUACACAAUUUCCUCCUGAAAAAGUCAGGCCAAAAAAUUAAAAGCAUUUCCAAAGAUGUGCAUUCUAUAUUCAUUGACAGAUCCUCGCUCAAUCCUGCACAACUGAAAGAACUGAUGCCUUACAUUUUCCCCUACAUGCACGAAUUAAUAAUAACCCAUGAAUAAUCGAUAUCGGUUCUUCCUUUUUGUGUUACAUAAUAUUUGGCUAAACGAAUAACUUAAUUCACCAAAAACCUAAUUGUAGAUGCAAUAACUGGGCCUGGAACCUUGUCCAUUGAAAUCGCUUAAUCAAAUGCUGCGUAAGUGGAUUCCUACUCCAUUGAUGAAAAUGACAAUGCCAAAUAUAAUAUUUAAUAAUUUCACUAUUACUCAACGCAAGUGUAGAACAUAUAUUUGACUUCCUUUUUCGAAAGACAAGAAAAGGCAGAUGCAAUCAUAAUACAAUAUCAAUUUCUCAACUCCUUCCUCCUAGAUUCAAAUCUCAAGAAUUACUUAUAAAAAGCGUUGGAACUAUCAGAAAACAUCGUUAUCGUCCUACCAUCCAAAAUUUAGACUAAUGAUUUAUGUGCUUUCCUGAGUCCCUUUUCACAUAACCAUAAUCAUAUUUUCAGAUAAAUCGAAAUCUAGAAAAUCAAUGUUGGUGGUCUCCCUUUAUGCUAAAUCGUCUACAUCGGAUUUAUCUAAGAUGAAGAACUGUUAAAUGAACAACUUAAGAAUUGCUAUUUAAAAGAAUUAUUGGCAGAUCAGCCUAAUCUUGAAGACUAGCAAGUCUAAAAUUUCAAGAAUUUACUUAAUACUGUUAUCACUUAAAUUGGAAUGCAGAAAACGAUGCUUUUAAUUGAAAAAACUUUGGAAACUAAAACUCAAUUAGAUUUUGCUAUCAAUCUGUUUCUUCAACAAAUAGCUUAAUUGAAUAUUGUUUCAUUAGAGAACAUCGCUAAUUAAAUGGAAUGCUCAUUAAUGGAUCAAACUCCCACACUCAAUCAUCCAUUAUUGUACAACAGCCAAUCUAGUCUGUCCAAAAAAUAAAGUUCUUUAAGAAUCAGCUCUGAUCUGUCCAAAACCUCCUAAUAACAAAGCAAAGUUAGGGUUUUCAGUUUCCAAAAUAAAACAUUUGAAUGA